AACUGGACAGCGGCUCUUCGGGUCUGCUUCAGUUUGUUUAUUUAAUGUGCCCUUUUUGUUUUGUGUAAAGCAUUAAAUUGAUGUAUUAAACCGUGUGUUUGGAGGAGUGUCAUUCAUUAAAGAUGGCGGAGGGAGCUUCAUCAUCAUCUACAGCUGAUGCAGUGGUGCGGAUUCUCCUGGUGGGCAGGAAAGGUUCUGGGAAAAGCUCAGUAAGGAAUAAGAUACUGGGAGAAAAUAAGUUUAUAAGGCAGGAGUGUGAGCUUAGUGAGGGUCAAACACAGAUCAGAGACAGACGGGUUCAUGUGCUGGACUGCCCAGUUGUGCUGGAUCCAGAUGUGGAUAAAGAGAAACUGCAGGAGCAGCAGCUGUCUGCAUGUUCAGCUGGUCUCAGUUCAGUUCUGCUGGUCGUGCCUUUAGUGAAGAAGCUGGAAAAUGAAGAGGAGAUGCUGGAGUUUAUUAAACAUCUGUUUGGUCCUGAAGUUCAUAAGUACAUCAUGAUCCUGUUCACUCAUGAAGAUGAGGAUGAGGCCAGAGUUUCUCAACUUCUACAACAAAAAGUCAACGUGGAUCUCCAGCAGCUGCUGACUGAAUGUGGAAGAAGAUAUCACUGUAUAAAUAACAAGAGAAGAUCAGAGGAGCAGAGAAUACAUCUGCUGGAGAAGAUUGAGGGAUUAGAGGUAGAGAAUGGAGGAAAACUUAUCAGAAGGAGGAGAGCCAGCAAGAGCAGCUUUGUCGACUUUUCAGGGUUGAAGUCUCCGGCUGCAGAUCCAGACUCAUCCUAAGAGGAAAAGACUGAUCAGAUCCGGCUCUGCUGGGAGAAAACAAGAUCUCUUCAGAAAUGUGGUUGAUAUCCUCCUUCAGCUCAAACUCUUGCGUGAAUAAAUGCUGGAAUCAUGUAAACAAACCCCCAAUGAGACAUAUACAAACUGAAAACUGCUGAACUGAAGCACUGCUGUGUUUACUGAGCACUGAGAGACACUAUCUCAGUCAUGACCAAACACAUCAUGAUGGACAGACAUUAGUCAGUGUCUUAUUGCUGUGAACCUGAUCAGCUGUUGUGUUUGAGUGUGCUGAUGCUGUUACUGCAGUAAUCCACUAGAGAGCAGUCUUAUAAAGCUGUCCAGUGGAGGAACUCCUGUUGAAGGAGUUUUUAUUGGAGCUUUGUGUGCGUGUCUGUAAUCAAGAUUCUUUACUGAUUUCUAAUGGACUUACCAUUUGUUUUCACUCUAUAUUUUAAAUAAGUGUAUUGUAUUUGGUUAUGUUUAAGCUCAUUAGGAUGCACUGUGUCCUUUAUGAUCUUUGCUUUAAUCUUCCUUUUUUUCUGUAU